CUCCGGGGCCGGGGAUGGCGGCGGCCGCGGUGGCGGCGGCUCCGGGACGAGCGGGAGGAGUCCUGGGAGCUCCGUGAGAUGGGCCGGCUCCCAAGCCAGAGGGGAGGACACUUAUUACAGCUGCUCAGAGGCACCACCAGAAGCUCAGCAGAUGUGGGCACCACAGCCAGCAGCAGAGUGGGGUGCAGGGAAACCACAGAGAAAUCACUUCUGAUGCCCAAAGGAGCAAGCAGACUCCAUCCAGGCUCCGGGAACAUCACGAAGCAAUAUGAAACCUGUUCAUGAGCGGAGUCAGGAAUGCCUUCCACCAAAGAAACGAGACCUCCCUGUGACCAGCGAGGAUAUGGGGAGAACUACCAGCUGCUCUACAAACCACACACCCUCCAGUGAUGCUUCUGAAUGGUCCCGAGGGGUUGUGGUGGCUGGGCAGAGCCAGGCGGGAGCCAGAGUCAGCCUUGGGGGUGAUGGAACUGAGGCCAUAGCUGGUCUGACAGUAGAUCAGUAUGGCAUGCUGUACAAGGUGGCUGUACCACCUGCCACCUUCUCACCAACUGGCCUCCCAUCUGUUGUGAACAUGAGCCCCUUACCCCCCACAUUUAAUGUAGCGUCUUCACUGAUUCAGCAUCCAGGAAUCCACUAUCCCCCAGUCCACUAUGCUCAGCUCCCAUCCACCUCACUGCAGUUUAUUGGGUCUCCUUACAGCCUUCCUUAUGCUGUGCCACCUAAUUUCCUACCCAGUCCUCUCCUCUCUCCUUCUGCCAACCUUGCCACCACUCACCUUCCACACUUUGUGCCAUAUGCCUCACUCCUAGCAGAAGAAGCUACUCCUCCCCCACAGGCCACAUCCCCAGCUCAGUCAUUUAACAAAUCCUCUUCUGCCACCUCCCCACCCGGCCAGUUGCCACAUCACUCGAAUACUCAACCACUGGAUCUUGCUCCAGGCCGGAUGCCCAUUUAUUAUCAAAUGUCUAGGUUGCCUGCUGGAUAUACCUUGCAUGAAACUUCAACAGCAGGUGCCAGCCCUAUUCUUACUCCUCAGGAGGGCCAGUCUGCUCUGGAAGCAGCUGCUGCCAAUGGACAGAGACAACGAGAGCGAAGUGUAAGACGAGAGAGUGAAGUCCUUGACUCCACCAGCAUCAAGGGUGAAAGCCAAGGACUGGUGCCGGUGGUAGAAUGUGUGGUUGAUGGACAAUUGUUUUCAGGUUCUCAGACUCCGAGAGUGGAGGUGGCAGCGCCAGCACAUCGAGGGACCCCAGACAUCGACCUAGAGGUCCAGCGGGUAGUCGGCGCCUUAGCUUCUCAGGACUAUCGUGUGGUGGCAGCUCAGAGGAAAGAUGAACCCAGCCCUCUUAACCUAUCCCAUCAUACCCUUGACCAUCAGGGUGAGGGACGAGGAUCAGCCAGGAAUCCUACAGAACUGGUGGAGAAAAGUCAGGCCUGUGUGUUCUACCCUCAGUCCCAUCAGGAACCAGUAAAACACAGACCUUUACCCAAAGCAAUGGUUGUAGCCAAUGGCAACCUGGUGCCCACUGGAACUGACCCUAGCCUGCUGCCUGUGGGCUCAGAGAUCCUGGUUGCAUCAAGUCUGGAACCACAGGCCAGAGCCACCUUCCCAGACAAGGAGCCAACGCCACCUCCCGUUACCUCCUCCCACUUGCCCUCCCAUUUCAUGAAAGGCGCCAUCAUUCAGCUGGCUACAGGGGAGCUGAAGCGGGUAGAGGAUCUCCAAACCCAGGAUUUUGUGCGUAGUGCCGAAGUGAGUGGGGGCCUGAAGAUUGACUCUAGCACAGUCGUGGACAUUCAAGAGAGCCAGUGGCCUGGCUUUGUUAUGCUGCACUUUGUGGUUGGUGAGCAGCAGAGCAAAGUGAGCAUUGAGGUGCCCCCUGAGCACCCCUUUUUUGUAUAUGGCCAGGGUUGGUCCUCCUGCAGCCCUGGGCGGACUGCACAACUCUUCUCUCUGCCCUGCCAUCGGCUACAGGUGGGAGACGUCUGCAUCUCUAUCAGUUUACAGAGCUUGAACAGUAACUCAGUUUCUCAGGCCAGCUGUGCUCCCCCAGGGCAGCUGGGUACACCCCGAGAAAGGCCUGAGAGGACAGUCUUGGGGCCCAGAGACCUAUGUGACAGCGAGGGGAAGAACCAGCCUUCAGGAGAGGGUUCCCGGGUGGGAGAGCCCUCCCAGCCUGAGCCUGGUGCUCAGGCCUGCUGGCCAGCCCCAAGCUUCCAAAGAUACAGCAUGCAAGGGGAGGAGGCACGGGCUGCACUGCUCCGUCCCUCUUUCAUUCCACAGGAGGUAAAGCUGUCCAUCGAAGGGCGUUCCAAUGCAGGAAAAUGAACCUCUUUCCCAACCCAGGACUGGGGCUUUCUCCCCAGAGGUGAGCCUCACCGUGAGCAUCGAGAGGAUUUGCACAUGCCAAGCAGAGAAUGGCUCUCUUGGCAGUGAGAUUUGGGGGAAUUAGGCAUUAAGACAGCCUCCCAAAGCAGGAUGUGUUGCUUGUUAUCCCAUGGCAUCCUCUCAGGACAGCUCUAGAGGGUGCUGAGAUGGGGAAUUGCAGGCUUGGAGCAAGAAAGGGUAGGAGUGCACAUAGGAUAAGAAACAUUCCAAAAUCAGGGCCUCCCUGUUUUUUCCUACUCACCCCUGGCUCCUGCAAGGGAAAGUACAGGCUUUGGGAGCAGGUGGCAGAGGGAGGAAGCAAAGAAAGAGCCAAAAAGGAUGACCACAGCUUAUAGUAGCAGUAAAACUGUUUUCUUUCUUUUUUCCUGUCUCCCUCCCCUCCUUUGUGGUGGAAGGGCAGGAGGCCCAGUGGUUGAAAAUAAGAGGGUUCCCACCCAGAACUCUUCUUGUGAGAGAUGUGCACUUUAAAGGGUGGUUUUGUUACAGAUGUUUAUGGCGGGGGUUUGGGGUGGGGCAGCACCAUGAUCUACGGAACCAUGCUUGGUCCUUCGCUUCUGACCGUUCCCAUCUCACCUCACCAUUCCGCUAUAAGGCUUCAGGUUUGAGAAUGAAGGACGCCUGGCCAGGAACCCAGUUGGGGCUGUGGAGAAAAGAUUGGACUGAUAGAUGAAGGGACCUAGGCAAAGCUUUUGAAAGGCCACUAACCUAAACUCCCACUCAACCUGUGGGCCCCGCUUUGAUAAUUCAUUCAGUCUGUAGUAGUAACUUCGGGAAGACCUGGAGGCCUUUACCCCUAGGCACCCACACUCCUCCAUUGUCUGUCUACGUUGUGCCUUAGUGCCUGCACUGCCCCAUCCUUCUGCUGCCUGACCUCUGCAUGGUGUCUUGACCUGGGCCUCAUGUGUAGCUGCACUGCCUUUGUCCACUAAGACCUCUAGUUUUUGGUGUUUAAGGGUCCCUGGUUUCCCUAUCAGCUAUAAUUUUUAUAUUUAGAAACUCAAAAUCAUGUCCUCUUCCACUGGCAGCAAUAUAGUGGGGAAACGAGAGAAAGCGUGCCCGAGGCUGGGCACUCCCACUGCGGUGGGUUUCUUGGCCUCCUCCCAUCGAAAUCCAAUGCCUCUCAGCAUUUGGCUUAAGUUGUACCCUCCCAGCAUCAGCUCUGAAAGGCUAGAAUAGUCUCUGUAACAUCUUAGCAGAGGUUUCCGUGUAUGGUGGUGGAUUCUUCUAGAAAGAGUGUCUUCUGUCUUGGUUGUAUUUUCUACAUCUGUCUUAUUCCCACAUUUCCCCUACAGCUUGCAGUAGUGUCAGCUUGGACUGUAGGAUUCCAUUGGGUAUUAGGAUUUAGAUUUCCCUCCCCCCACCAACUUUCAAGUGGUUGAGUAAUUUUUUUGUGAAGGUUUUUUUUGGGGGGGGGGGUGGGGGCAGGGUUCUUUAGACUCUUGAAGGCAACUCAGGGUAUUGUCCACCCAGCUGUGUAGUUAGACUUCUCCCAGGGAAUGAUUGUGGCAUUUCCUUCAUAGAUAGACUUGGACCAGCCAUCUGGAUAUGGCCUGUCAUCAGGAGUCCUACACUUCUGAAGUAUGAGCAAAACUUAAGGCAAGUCUUGUGAUCUCUCUUUCACUUCCUCCCCAGCUGCCAAAUGGGGAUAAAUAAUCUUACCUACCUCCUGGGGGGAGGGGAAGUUCUGAGAAUGGAGUCAUUCUUAGUGUUCAGGUGCUAAAGGUUGUUCUCUUUGGGAACAGAGUGACAGAAACUGGCUAGUUUGCUCUAAAUCUUACAUUCUGUUUCAUACCUUGAGAGCAGAUACCUGGUCAGCGAGCUUUUAGGGGGGCAUUCAAAGGAUGCUGCUUAACCUGACCGCAAGCACUGAAGUCUCUGGUUUAUGUCAGAAUCAAACACCGACCUUGUGCUGUAUUGGAGAUGACAUUCUUCCCCUUCUUUUGCCCCCAUUCUCUGCUGCUUCUCUGGCUUGUUUCCUACAGUGGGGGCCUGUGGGGUUGAGUCUUGAGGAAUUCUCUCAGAUGAAAGCCGUAGGAGAAGGCCUCAUCUCCUGACUGUUUGAUGACCAACUCAUUCCUAGGUAUUAUUGCAUGUGUGGGCUUCUCACAAGGCCCCCUUCCUUAGAAGGCUCAUCAUGGAAUUUAGUGACAUGCACUGUAGAUGCUCAAGAAAUGUCUACCCAGGAUACCACAGAGCUUCUUCCUCUUGGGGCAGACAUGUAAUUGGCUAGUAUUUGACAUCAAAUCGUUCUGUACUUGGGCUGCUUGUAGCUGAAUCCUUGGGAAAAGAAAUUGUUGGGGGCCUUGACAAAUGGGGCGCUGACCUUUCUGCUGUGGUUCCUUAUCUCUGUUUGGUAAACAAAACAAAAAAACACAGCAACUCCCUUAAUGUGGCGCCAUGCGUAUGUAACUGAUUUUGCUGAGAGCUACCUUUCCUGAAGUAUGCACCCUAGAAAAGAAAGUGUGUGCUAAUGCUUGUCAGAGCUGUGGCAGUACUUAACCCUGAGUAUGAAAGAGACGUGAAUGGCUUUUAGAGUGAGCAUUUCAGUGGUUAGCUGCCAGCUUUUGGGGACUGGGCAGUUGACAAAGACUAGCUUGGUCGUAGUUAGUGGUAGGACACUCCCAAAACUUGGAGAAAGAACUGCUAUCUGAAGCUAUCAGAAAUACCUAUGCCAAUACAGAAGGGGAACUUGGGAAGGAGAUUGGGUCCUCAGAGCCGAGAGCUUAUUCCCAAUAGAGGAGCCCAAGAAGAGCUAGACUGAGCCCUCUACACUUACGGUCCCAUUUGGUCUUAACACGAUGGCCUUUGUUUGCUCCGUGCUGCUUUGCCACUGCUGUUGUCUGCUCACUGUCCCGCCUGUUGCUCAUGGCAGCUCCUGUCCUUCAUGUCUCUGGCCAUGUAGACUCUCAGGCAUCCUAUCCAUGUUUAACCUGUGUUCUGCCAGUAUGACUGCAUAGCACAGCCAUAUUGAGCAGGCAGGUGUGAAUGCUGUUGAUGGGCUGGUAAAUCUGAAGGAGGUGGCUUCAGUGCUCUCAGGAACCCUUAGGCUCCAAAAAUUUGCCUGCCUUGAGAGAAAGACAAACACAUCUUUUCUCUCUCCUUUAUGGUACUUCUCAGAACAAGAGGAGCUGAGUCAGGGCUUGAGGCAGCAUCCCAGUGUGUUUGUCUAGCCCGAUGCUGGGGUUGAGAAAGUGAAGUUUGGUUGAAAUAGCUCCUCAAGUUGCGUUUCAUUUUAUUUUUACCAAUGGGUAUUAGAGGCAUUUUAAGAGAACAAGGAUGGUAGCAUAAUUCAAACCUGCAUUGAACAGGAAUAUUGAAGAGUUGGGUGGUCACACUAGUGUGAGCUGAAGAUGGAUAUUGGGAAAGGCUCAGGCCACCUGGGGUAAAGAUAACCAGAUUGAUCCAAUUGGCCAUGGGAACUUAGGCCAGGGUCUUAGAAGUGAGCAGGACAAAGGCCAUGUUUUAGAGAUGUGUUAACUUCCUAGGACUAAGUUUACUAAACUACACUGAAGCUAUUAUACUUUCUAGAUCAGAAAAAUUGUACACUACAGUUGAAGAGCUGAAUUCUACUAUGGAUGGAUGUUGUGAGCCCUUGCUUGGAAGCCUUCCCCUUCUAGCUUCCCCAGGGUAGGAAAGGUCUCCCACAUUAUGCAAUAAUAAAAUAAGCAUCUGGGUCUUUGCAGCUGUCAGUUGUUUUUUCAACUCUAGGAUCCAUCUUUGGACCAAAAGUCUGGUCUGGGCCUAGGAUGACAUUGGCCCUCGAUGCUAGAGUUGGCUGCAUUCUCUCCUUACCUGCAGACUAUGCACAGUUCCUGGAGCAGAGGGAGAGGUGGUGUGGCUUGCCCUGCUGAGCCUUCUCAGCAGGAAUAAUAGUAAUAAAUGCACUUUUCACACUAAAGGUUUCUUUGUUAGUUCUCCUGUUAAGCCUAGAUCUUUCCCUAGUAGAUUGCAAACUCAACAGUCUGUGUGAUCCCAAAGCCAUUCCACUGUAAAUGCCUGGCAGUAAAGAUGGCCCCAGACUGGGUUCCUGCCUGCAGUGUGUGUGGUGGUAGCCCAUGUGCCUUUACCUAAUGUCAGAUUUGCAAGCGUUUAGUCUGUCUUUAUGUUAGGGGGUCUUAGGAACUUCAGAGAGAGAACCGAUAACUGGUUUUAUGCCCACCCCACACUCUGCCAGGGACUUUGCUUGUACUUGUAAAUGGUGAGGGUUGGUGAGCUGCUGGUAUUGCUGAAGGCAGGGUGGACUCCUCACUUGCUUCAUAGUGCACUCAUUGAAUUGGAUUGGGGAAGAGACUGACUGUAUUCAAUGGCAAACUUGAAGUAUUAAGGCUGUCCUCUACACACUCCCUAGUCACAGGAUCCCUGUAGCCAAAACAGUAUAUGUUCUAGCUGCAAAGAGCAGACUGCUCUCAGCUUGCAUAGCACCUUAGGGGAGGGAAGAUAGAUGGAUAGGUAACGGGGUGGAGGAAGAAUGGGAAUUUGGUCAUCCAGGUGGCUUUAGGGUCCUAAGGAGAAGAAUGGCACUGGGGAGGAGGGCUGGAUGGAUCUGGUUUGUGUAGGAGUUCCCUGUAGAUAAAUUACUGGUCCCCCAACCACUAUCCCCAGUAUGUAAUGGCUGAAUUAAUAUGUAUUCAAUUGCAUUGUAUCUAAAGCCUUAGAACUAGUCAGGUGCUCCUCCCACCCAAUACCAUUUCUUACCCUCUAAUCCUACCUGAUCUUUAACAAAGCAUUAAUAAUUCUAAGGAUAAUCUCUAUUUUGUUGUGCUUUUUUGUAACUGUUUUAAAUAAAUCAAUUUGUACUGUA